AUGAAAGAAGUACGUGGACGGGGUCAUCAAAACAAUCCGAAUAUAUACCAACAAUAUGAUCAGAAACUAGGACAAGAUAUCAAUGGCCGUAAUCCGAUGCAACCAAAUGUAGUGAGUAGAAAUCUUUGGCAAAACUAUUCUCAAAACCAUCACGCAUAUUCACAAAGACAGCAUAUGAUGAAUAAGCAAACGUCGGGAGCUGUUCAUGGGAAGACACCCAUGUUGAUGGCUAACAAUGAUGUUUUUACAAUAGGACCUUACAGGGCAAGGAAGGACAGACAAAGAAUAUCAGUGCUGAAAAAAUAUGAAAUCAUUGGAUAUAUUGCAGCAGGGACAUAUGGUAAGGUAUACAAGGCCAAAAGCUUGAUACAGACUACACCUCCAUUAGGAGCAACAACAAUUUCUCCAAAUGGGAACCUAUCAUCUAGUAGUAGUGACAAUACAUCCGACAUGAGGCCCAAUAACAAACAAGAUUCUAACAUACCAAAAUCCGGAAUAGAGAACGAAUUCUCAAGAGAUAUGAAUAACAAAAAUUUUAAAAACGGAACUGCAAAUGGUACAAUCCAAUCUAAUAGAAUUAAUAUUGACAAUAAUUCUAGAAAUGAUACCAUUUUAGCCAAGAAUGAUUCGAACAAUAAGGAGUACAAUGAUAUCAACAAAAGAAACAGCAUAUCCGACAAUAUAAGUAAUGGUGUAAUAGGAAGUACUCAUAACAGCAUGGAAACAGUCAAUAAUAAUUUACAUUCACCUUCCAAAAAGAAGAAUAUACCCAUUUAUUAUGCCAUUAAGAAGUUUAAGACAGAAAAGGAAGGUGUCGAACAACUCCAUUAUACAGGUAUAUCACAGAGUGCAUGCAGAGAGAUGGCUUUAUGUAGGGAGUUAACUAAUGUUCAUUUAACAAGAUUAACCGAGAUAUUUCUUGAAAGAAAGAGUAUUUAUUUGGUGUAUGAAUAUGCCGAACAUGAUUUACUACAAAUUAUCCAUUAUCACUCUCAUCCAGAAAAACGGAUGAUUCCUGCAAGAAUGGUACGAUCUAUAAUGUGGCAGAUAUUAGAUGGGGUUUCUUAUUUACAUCAGAAUUGGAUCCUUCAUAGAGAUCUUAAACCGGCAAAUAUUAUGGUCACAGUGGAUGGAUGUGUUAAGAUAGGUGAUUUAGGUUUGGCAAGAAAAUUCUCCAACUUGCUACAGACAUUGUAUACUGGUGAUAAGGUUGUUGUUACAAUAUGGUACAGAGCCCCUGAAUUAUUACUCGGUGCUCGCCACUAUACACCAUCUAUUGACGUAUGGGCAGUUGGUUGUAUUUUUGCCGAAUUAAUAGGUCUUCAACCAAUUUUUAAAGGUGAAGAAACAAAAAUGGAUUCUAAAAAGACAGUUCCAUUCCAAUCAAACCAACUUCAAAGAAUUUUAGAAGUACUAGGAACACCGACGCCAAAGACAUGGUCAAAUUUACACAAGUAUCCAGAAUACGAACAGUUUCUAAAAUUCCCAAAGUUUAGGAACAAUCUACCUGCAUGGUACCAUUCAACAAGUGGUAGAGAUAAAAAUGUCCUAGAUCUAUUAUACAAAUUACUAGAGUAUGAUCCGAUUAAAAGAAUUGAUGCCAUCGAUUCACUAGAUCAUAAUUAUUUCACGAAUAGUGAUUAUCCUGUUUGUGAAAAUGUGUUCGAAGGUCUGAAUUAUAAAUACCCGGCAAGAAGAAUACACACUAAUGAUAGCGAUAUUAUGGAUCUCGGAAUACACAGGAGUAAAAAUUUGAAUCCACAACAACAAGCAGUGGUGAACAACUCUGCAGCCAAUACACUAGGUGGUCUUGGUGUUAAUCGGAGAAUAUUGGCAGCCGCAGCAGCCGCAGCAGCCGCUGUUACUGGAAAUAACUCUCAAGGUAAUACUCGAAACCAAGAACCGACAAGGAAGAAGAGAAGGUAA